UCGAAAGUUAUGCAUGUAUGGUGGAUGUAAAAUUGAACAUGAAUUAAGUAAUAGAAAAAGACUGUUGAAGAUAUGAGGCAAAUAGCAUUUUGGCCCUUCCAAUUUGAGAGUGUCAACUUUCUUCCAUGACUUGCUGAAACUGAAAGAGCCACUGAAUGGAUAAGCAGCAAGCAUAAGACAGAAAUUGCUUGUAUAAACUCAGCACCACUCAAAAAACAGCUAUGGCAUCACUGGCUGUCCAGAUAACCCCAGUCUCUCACCCAAAAGCUCACACUCACUCCCCAAUCUCUCUCAUCCCUAAAUGCACCUCUCUCACAGAACUCCAGCAAAUCCACGCCUUGUCCAUCAAAACCCAUCUCCAAUAUGACUUCUCUGUCCUCGCCAAGCUCAUCAACUCCUGCACAAUCAACCCAACUAGACACUCCAUGGACUAUGCCCACCACCUGUUCCACCAAAUUCCCCACCCGGACAUUGUCGUCUUCAACACCAUGGCACGUGGUUACUCACGCUUCGAUACCCCAUUUCGCGCCAUUUCACUCUUUUCCCAGGUUCUAUCCUCAGGUCUCUUCCCAGAUGACUUCACAUUCCCGGCUCUUCUCAAGGCUUGCGCCGGCUCUAAAGCCUUAGAAGAAGGGAAGCAGUUGCAUUGCUAUGUUAUCAAAUAUGGAAUGCAACUUAGCAUAUUCCUGUGUCCUGCUCUUAUAAAUAUGUACACUGAGUGCAGUGAUGUGGAUGCAGCUCGACGGGUAUUUGAUAAGAUACCGGACUCUUGUGUUGUUGUGCAUAAUGCUAUGAUCACAGGGUAUGCUAGAAACAAUCGGCCUAAUGAGGCAUUGGCAUUGUUUCGAGAGUUGCAAGCAAGUGGUCUUAAGCCAACCGAUGUUACUAUGCUUAGUGCUCUUUCGUCGUGUGCUUUGUUAGGUGCUUUGGACUUGGGGAAGUGGAUACAUGAGUAUUUUAAGAAGAAUAGGUUUGAUAGAUAUGUUAAAGUGAACACUGCAUUAAUAGAUAUGUAUUCAAAGUGUGGGAGCCUGGAGGAUGCAGUGUCUGUGUUUGAGAACAUGAGUGUGAAAGAUACACAGGCUUGGUCUGCAAUGAUUGUGGCGUAUUCCAAAAAAUUUGCAGAAAGUUUGGUCUUUAAUGUAGUGUCUGCACAUGCCCUUCUUAAAGCUCAAAGCCUGGUUGGGAAUUUUGAAGACCCACUUUUAGUUUCUUCAUGGGUUUGUUGUAGCUGGAUGAUACUGAGUAGGGCUGGGAUUUGA